AUGGCGCUCGACUUUGUGUUGCCCACCAUUCACGACAACGCGGACGGUUCCUGGGGACCCAGCUCCAGUGCGCUGGAGAUGGGCCCUCUGGGCUACUCGGCGUACUCAAAGUUUGACAAGGUCACCCGCAUCGCCGACUGGCACGCCGAGACCGACGCCGGCGCAUCGAACCAGCGCGGCCGCCAGCAGCAGCAAGGUCGUCGCCAGGGUCGCGAAGCCUACGGCGCGGGCGACGCGAACGCUUUCGGCUACGUGCACGACGAGGACGAGAAGAGCUUCUCGCUUGUCGACAACAGCUCGCGUGCGGCCGCGCGUGGCCGCCCGGGCGGUCUCCGUGGGCGCCCGACUGGUGGGCGCGGCAUGGUUUCGGGACAGCGUGGCCCCCAGCGUGGUCGUACCAUCGGCGCGCCCCAGCGUGGCGGCUACGGCUGGCGUGGGCGUGGUGGUGGCCGCGGCGGGUACGGCGGCUACGACAAGCCGCAGCGGACGCGUGACUCGUCGGUGGCGAUCGGGCCCGAGUGGCAGGUGCUGGAGGAGCUCGAGUUCUCUCGGCUCAACAAGCUGAGCAUGGGUGUUGACGAGCCCAAGACCCUCGAGAGCGCCGGUACGCUGCAGGGCUACGACAAGGCGUUUGACCGCAUCAACACUCGCAACCUUAAGAACCUCGAGAUCCAGGAGCGCGUGCGCUACAACGAGACGACAACCGAGGACCCCAUUAUCAAGAAGCUCGCCGACCAGAAGGCUGCGACCGUGUUCGCGACCGACUCGAUCCUCUCCGUGCUCAUGUGUGCCCCGCGCUCGGUCAACUCAUGGGACAUUGUCAUCGAGCGCCGUGGUGACCAGGUCUUCCUUGACAAGCGCGGCGGUGCGCCGUUCGACGUCAUCAGCGUCAAUGAGAACGCCAUGGACCCCCCCGCCGACUCGGACGACCUUAACGGUGCCGCCUCGCUCUCGCUCGAGGCCACCUACAUCAACCAGAACUUCACUGCCCAAAUCAUUGACCCCAAGAGCAAGCCGUACACCCCUGCUCCCAACCCGUUCUACGACACAGCGAUCGAGAGCGAGCCGCUUGCUUCGACCCUCUACCGCUACCGCAAGUUCGACCUCUCGAUCGAGGAGGACGAGGAGCUCGACCUCAUUGUCCGUACCGAGGUCGACGCGUACCUCGGCAAGAGGAGCCACCUCAUCACCGUCAAGGCGCUCAACGAGUACGACCCUCGCCAGCAGGGCGCUGGCAACAAGGCGCUGGACUGGCGCAAGAACCUCGACACGCAGAAGGGUGCGAUUGUCGCCAACGAGAUGAAGAACAACAGCGUCAAGCUCGCCCGCUGGGCCGUCCAGUCGUACCUCGCUGGCGCCGAGCUGAUGAAGCUCGGCUACCUCUCGCGUGCCAACCCGCGCGACGCGCAGCGUCACACCAUUGUCGGCCUCCAGAGCACCAAGCCGCUCGACUUUGCCCGCCAGAUGAACGUCUCGCUCAACAACGGUUGGGGCAUUGUCCGCACCCUCGUCGACAUGGUCCUCAAGCAGCCCGAGGGCAUGUACAUCCUCGUCAAGGACCCCAACAACCCAAUGCUCCGCCUCUACUCGGUUCCCGAGCACGCCUUUGACGAGGAGGAGGAGGAGGAGCUUGUGCACCACCACCAGCCGGAGGAGGACGAGUAG